GGUGGGGCGGGGCUGAGGAGCCGCGGCCCCUCCCUGGGCCGCCAUUGCUUGGGCCUACCGGGCUUCUGGCAUUGAGCUCGCCUCCCUUCGCUGGGCUGAGGGGCGCCCGGCCCGCCUAGUACUCCCCUGCCAGGCCCUCGUCUCCCCGCGGCCAGGCGAGUCCCUGCCAGCCAGCCGCCCUCUUCCGCCUUGGGAGUGACCCGAGCACGGGAGAACCACUGCACAGUCCCAUCCUGGAGGCUUCUAUGGGCCGAUCGUGAGCCGCCGGCUUCCCGAGUGCUUGGAGAAACACGUAGCACUGAUCGUGCGCGCCCCGCGCAGGGGGUCAGCACAGGCUCUCCCCUGACCUCACUCAACCCUGUUCUGCUUCGAUCCCCCUAGAGCGCACGGUCCCCAAACUGUGCACCCGCCGGCGAUCCCAGCCCAGCGGGAGACGUGGACAUGAGGUUGGCAGGCCCCCUCCGCAUUGUGGUCCUAGUCAUCGCCGUGGCUCUCACCUGGAUCGUCAUCAGCAUCCUCCUGGGUGGGCCUGGCAGUGGCUUUCCUCGAAUCCAGCACCUCUUCAACAGCCCAGAGAGCUCUGCAACUGCAGAACCACGGGCCAGGAGAUACAAGUGUGGCCUACCCCAACCAUGUCCCGAGGAGCACCUCGCUUUCCGAAUGGUCAGUGGUGCCGCCAACGUCAUUGGGCCCAAGAUCUGCCUGGAGGACAAGAUGCUCAUGAGCAGUGUGAAGGACAACGUGGGCCGUGGACUGAACAUUGCCCUGGUGAACGGAGUGAGUGGUGAGCUCAUCGAGGCCCGGGCCUUCGACAUGUGGGCUGGAGAUGUCAAUGACCUGCUAAAGUUCAUCCGUCCACUGCAUGAAGGCACCCUGGUGUUCGUAGCAUCCUAUGACGACCCAGCAACCAAGAUGAAUGAGGAGACCAGGAAACUCUUCAGCGAGCUGGGAAGCAGGAAUGCCAAGGAGCUGGCCUUCCGGGACAGCUGGGUGUUCGUGGGGGCCAAGGGCGUGCAGAACAAGAGUCCCUUUGAGCAGCACGUGAAGAACAGCAAGCACACCAACAAGUACGAGGGCUGGCCCGAGGCGCUGGAAAUGGAGGGCUGCAUCCCACGGCGCAGUGUGGCCAGCUAGCAUGGGGGCCUGGCCCAGCCAGGGCUCUGGCACAAUCAUACAGCCUCCAGGUACACUUGACAUGGGAGCCCAGGUACCUCUGUCUUCCCAAAGCUGCCCUUGGGGCCUGUGUCUCCCAGCCUUUCCCCUCCACCCGAGGGCCCAGCUACAAGAGCCUUGGGUGCCCACCCCUGUCACCAGGGUAGCCACCUGGUAGGUGGUAACCUCUCACAGGACAGCGCCAUCCAGGGCAUCUGCACCCCGCCCCACAGUAGGAGGGGCCCUGAAGCAGUCUCCGGCACAGUGGAUGGCAAUGGCGUGCAGUGAGGGGGCUGCCUGCCAGGUGGCCUCUUGAAGAACCUGUGGUCCACAGCAGAGUCAGGAGGCUGAGCAGAUGUCCUGUAUCCCCAAGCCUCAUAUCUACCCCCAUAGGGAUGGGAACCAAUGCUGAACAGCUCCAGCUCCAGCUGGCGCCAUUCAAAGCCAGGACUGGACAUGUGUGGCCUUCAAGGACUGGGGCAGGAAGUGAAACUGGGAGUAUAGUUGGUAUGUUCUGUCAUCCCAGCACUGGGGAGGCUGAGGCAGGAGGACUCCCAUGAGUUUGAGGCCAGCCUGACUACAUAGUGAGACCCUGCCUCAGAAGACCAAAAAUAAAAAAAUAAACAAAA